AUGUCGUCCAGGAUCGAACAGAUAUUAUUCAUCGAGCCGCCGCACGAGCUCAAAUUCAAAGGUCCAUUUACUGAACCAGUUCAAACAAUAAUGUCUCUGAAAAAUCCAAGUGACAAAAAAGUGGCUUUCAAAAUAAAAACUACUGCACCUAAGCGUUAUUGUGUCAGACCAAAUUGUGGUGAACUUGCUCCUAAAGAAAAGGCUGAAAUUUCAGUAAUAUUGCAACCAUUCGACUAUGAUGCCAAUGAAAGAAAUAAACACAAGUUUUUGGUACAGACUGUUGUUAUCGAUCCUGUUGCUGACUAUGGAGAAGAUGGCAAAACUUUUCAGUGGAGAGAUGUUGAAGAAGGUAGAAUAAUGGAUUCUAAAUUAAAAUGCUCGUUUGAAAUGCCUACAGUUGAACAGUUAUUAGAAUCUAAAAACAUUCAUGAUGAUACCACAGCUGUAUUAGAAACAAAUACUGAAACAGAACUACAAAAAGCAGCCACUGAAGUAAAAGAAUUACGUGAGGAAGAGACAAUCUUAAGACAAGAAAAUAUGAAAUUGAAAGAAGAGUUAUUGCAGCUUCAAUAUGAAAUCAAAAACCAGCAAUCUCAAAAACGUUCUGUUGGUGGUAGUCAGCAUUUGGAUAUGCAAAACAGAAAUGCCAAUAUCGCUCUGAUGGUUGGCUUGGCGAUAGUAGUUGCAUUGUUGGGUAUUAUCGCUGGAAAAUAUUUAUUUUAG